AUGCCAAUAAUGAACCUAGCACCACACAGCCAUCCAUUUAGCUUCGCCUAUGGAUUGCGCUCAAGGGCUGAUGCAGUGAAGGAGUUUAUUGGACCAGAUUUCAUAAAAAUGGUGCGUAAUAGUGCUAAGCUAAUUGCUCACAUGGAGCGUCGAGAAAAAUCCACUUUGUCUGAGACCAGUGUUUCUGGGAUUUCUAAACUUGAUACUAUAUCUGCCAAGUCCAGUCAUCUGAAUACCGCGAAGCCCAACUCAGUAGCAACUCAAUCGGUGAAGAUAGAGUCUACCAAUUCGCACUCUAUAUCUCUUCCAAAGAGAGUACCAAAUAUCAGGUAA